GGCAGUCUCACUUUGUGAGUUGACAAAAAAUUUGUGUGCUCUAAAAGCAGCAUUUUAGUGCUUGAAUUUACAGAUAAAAAUUAAAUAAGUGGUCAUAGACAAAAUGGGCGACGGUGCUGGCAACUGGUGUCUCAUUGAAUCCGAUCCCGGUGUAUUCACGGAGCUUAUUCGCGAGUUUGGAUGCGAUGGGGCUCAGGUGGAGGAGAUCUGGAGCCUGGACAGCGAGUCCUUCAAGAAUCUGGAGCCCAUCCAUGGCCUCAUCUUCCUGUUCAAGUGGGUGCAGGCGGAUGAACCCGCUGGCAAAGUUGUCCUGGAUCGCGAGAACAUUUUCUUUGCCAAGCAGGUGAUCAACAAUGCCUGCGCCACCCAGGCCAUCCUGAGUCUGCUGAUGAACCUGGACCACGAGGACAUUAAGCUGGGCGAGACGCUGACCAACUUCAAGGAGUUCUGUCAGUGCUUCGAUCCCUACAACAAGGGAUUGACCCUGAGCAACGCCAGCCAGAUCCGCACGGUGCACAACUCCUUUGCUCGCCAGACACUUUUCGAGCUGGACAUGAAGAACCAGAACAAGGACGAAGAUGUUUAUCACUUCGUUGGCUAUAUGCCCAUUGGGGGAAGGCUGUACGAGUUGGAUGGCCUGCGGGAGGGACCCAUCGAUCUCGGAGAGAUCAAGCCGGAGCAGAACUGGAUCGAUGUGAUGCGUCCGAUCAUUGAGAAGCGCAUGCAGCGCUAUAGCGACGGGGAGAUCCACUUCAACCUGAUGGCCCUGAUCUCGGACAGGCAGCGCAUCUACGAGCAGCAGAUCGAGAAGCUCCUAAACCCGGCUCCCGAUGCCAUGGACACGGAGGAAGAUCGCCAGACGGAGAUCAGCAGUUUGCGCACAUACAUCCAGUAUGAGAUCCAGAAGAAGAAGCGCUACAAGGUGGAGAACGUGCGCCGCAAGCACAACUACUUGCCCUUCAUCGUGGAGCUGCUGAAAAUGCUGGGGAACAUGGGCCAGUUGAUGCCCAUCUACGAGAAGGCCAAGCAAAGGGCGCUGGAGCGCGAGCAGGCACAGCGCAAAAAGGAAACCAACUAGGCAUUUACAGUAUACAUAUAUCCCCCGCGGGCAGUUCCAAAUUGCCUCGAUUUCAAAUAAAUCAGAAAAUAAAAAUCAGAGAUUGAAGCGAGGAGUGACGGCUUGUAUCCGAGCAAACAACGCCCUUUAGUAGUUAGGUGAAACUGCCUUUGUACUGUACUUUAAUUUUUAUAAUAAUAAAUAUCCUGCUCUCUCUGCCAGUUAA